AUGCCGGAUAGAUUUCUAACAUUUUUGAAUUCUUCAACAAUUCAAAAUCUAGAAUGGACUUCCGAAUUGCAAUUAAUGCUCAUAAUCGAACAAAUUUGUAUAUGUUUAACGUAGGAACACAAAAUUAAAAUUCUGAAAAAAAAUAGAUCAAAAUUUUUUUUCCAGUUUCAUCCAAUAUCUUUUCAACUUCUAUCUCCUCAUCAAAUUUCGAGUGAUGCACCGUAAUCUUCACAUUCUCCUUUUCAUAUACGGCGGUCAAUAUUUUCUGUCGAUUUCCGCAAGAUCGAUUUUGAUAUAUCUACAGUACUACAAUUUGGAAAAUACUGGUGAUUUUUUGUUGUUGAAAGGAUACGUGUUUUCUUGGAAUGGGCUGGAAAGUUUAUGAAAUUUUGCAGCUGAAAAACCACAAUCAGAAGAUUUUGCAAAAUAUGUAACAUUAAAAUGAUCGGAAUGAACUCGUUUUAACAUUUUUUGAAGUUUUGAAAAUUGACUGGAAAACAUUAGUAUCAAAUUAAUCGGUAAUUCAAAAUUUUGAAAAAAUUUUUCUAGAACUCGGAAGAAUUGCGAAUUACUGUCGAACAAUUUGUGUAUUUCUAGUCCUUGGAAUGUUGCCAUUUUUAGUUUUUGAAAGAUGUUUUGCCACGUGUCUUGCGGGAACUUAUGAAAAUAAUAAACAUAUUUGGAUUCCCGCAUUGCUCAUAUCAAUUAUGAUACCCUACAGUACACUUUCAGCUAUGGCUUAUAUCAGAAGUAAGUUCUUUGAAUCUCUUUAUUGUUUUUUAUCCGAAUUGUUUUGUUUUUCAGGAUGGUAUCCGAUUUAUAUUCAUUGUAUAAAUAUUAUAUGUUUCAACAUUGGCUCAAGUUUAUUGCUCAUUGUACUUGAAAAAUGUAAUUUCCGACAUCAUCGAAAUUAUACACCGAGACAUCCGAGUUAUUCAUUGAGUACCAGGUUUCAAAUCUCCGAAAAUAUCAAAACUUGCCAGGUAUUUUUUUCCCGAUUAAUUUUUCUCAGUACAUUUUUGUUUUCAGUGGCUUUCUCGAAUUCAAACUCAUAUUCUAUGUUUCAAUAUUGCUUGUUGUUGUUUGUUAUCUUUGGAAUUUACAUCGGUUUCUCAAAAAGUUAUAGUAGCUGCAAAUGUGGCAUUCAAUUUCACUUUUAUUUUGUGAGUAUUCUUUUGAAUGCGACUUCAAUUUUAAUUAUAACGAACAAAAAAUCAUGUUCCAGAUAUGCUGCAAUUGUUCCUUGUUUCAUUAUUUAUUGCACGCCAGAAUGGUCGAGAGAAACAAAAAGAUUGGUAUGUUAGACAUCUAACCUUUCAAAAUUAAAAUUUACUUUCCAGUUUUAUCUGCUGACUUCUCGAAAAUCUGGAUUCAAUCAAAACUUGCCGCAAUCAACUUUUGGGAGGGAAUUAGUUUAUGAAAAACAUGUCGAAGCUCAAAUGUAUUUUGAUUUUCUGGCAAAAGAUCUCAGGAAUUGUGUAUCCGAAGCGGUGUUCCUUUGA